CUGGGUUUUAAAAAGUAUGUUAGUUAUUAAUUCAGGAGUAUUAAUUGAGUAUUGUGCUAAGUGCAGAUUUCAAGUUCAGUUCCAAACUAAGCAAGUAAAACUUUCUCUGUCAACUGUUUUAGUACUACUAAAAAAAAUGUACAUUGAGCCUUCUGGGUUUUUAAAGCCUUGUCACAAGGCUUUGAUCUUUGCAGCCUGCCCUUUGACAGAUAAGGUGAAUAUUUUCUCUGCCUUACAGACAGGGGUCUGCCUUUUAUGGCAAUCAUUUUAUAUGCCUUAAAUAUUUUAAAGAGGCUGGUGAGAGUUCCAACAGUAUCCCUAGAAGCACCUAUUUACCUGUGACUCAGAAGGAUCAAAAAUAUAAAGUGUUUAAAACCAAAUAUGGGUCAGCAUUUGUGUCAUCAAGAAAUCUCCUGGGGAGCUAAUAUCCCCUGUAUUCUUCAGCAUCCCCUACUGUUUUGGUGUGGAUAACAAAUGUUUCCUGAGUCUUUUUGUAAGAUGCUAUAUCAAUGCAACUUCAAUGCCCCAUUCUAACAUCAAAGUCCUGUAAAGGUACCUACCUUGAAACUGACACUGACCAGGUUCUGCUCUCAUUUGGCUGUAACUUUUUAUGUAACUUAAGCUAGUUUUAAUUUUUCUUAGACCAAAUCUUCAUCUCUAUGGUGAAGGAUUAGAUUUUGAAUUUUUGAAGAUUACUCCACUCUCUGUGAGUAUUAUACAUUACAGCUGUAUAAUGUUACAACACUUCUCAUUUCUGUAUCCAGGAAGAGAUACACUUUUUAGUUAGAUAACAUGAUUCGGUUAGAUACAUUCCAAGACAGGCUCACCUAAUUUUGAAAAGAAAAACAUCAUAACAUACAUAGAAAAAGAGAUUGUGUCAUUGCUAAUGGGCUUUGCCAACUACAUGUUCUAGUUUUUAAAGGGGGACAGUACCCAACAUCUUUUGUGAGUUGAUAUCAAAUAACUUCAAGAUUGUAUUAAAUAUGCACAGACUUGAUUGUUGUACUUCUGAAAAAGUGAUUUGCUUGCUGGGAUAGCUAGAGAGGAAAGGAUUCCUGUCUUCCAACCUUGUCAGAAAGGCCAUGCCAACAUAAAAAUGACACAUAGGAAGUCAUAAGCAGCUGCAGCAGCACAAAAAAUAGUGUGGCCAAAGUCCUAAUACCAUCAAAAACCAGUCAACUCCACCUUCUAUGGAAAACCAUCCCAGUAGAUAAGCAGACCUAAACUACAUCAAACAGUGCUCCAGGGGGAACAAAGAUAUUUUUUACCUUUGAUUUAGAGCCCAUAUCUUUUUAAAUAAGCAUUGAGUCCACAAAUAUCUUUUGAAUACUCAUUAUGUGCAAGGUAUAGUGCUUAGCACUGUGGAGGUGUUGGGGAGAAACCUAGAAGAUAGACUCAAGCAGUUAAAUAUACUUUGUGUAAAUAAAACGUGUUUAAAGGUGCACGUUUGCCAGUUCAAGAAAUGACACCACGUCAGUCAAGACUAAAUAAGGUUCAGUUUUAUUUGGGUCCAUUAAUGAUGCUGUGUUUGGUUGCCGGACAUGUUGUACCUACUUUUUCAGCCAUCUCCAUGACGUCCAGUGGACAGCUGAUGAGAUGUUAACUGACCAGUUUCCCAGGGAUGCUUGCAUUUGUAUAUUGGACAUAAACUUCUGUCCUGCUGGCUGCAUGAGCCUGAAAGACGGAGCUGGAGGCUCUUCUUGAAAGUGCUGGAGUAAAUGGGGGAAGCCUGGGCCAAGCAGGCUGGAGCUGUGGCUGGCAGGUCCUGCCGCACAGCACUUUAUGUAACCGGCCCAUGGAGAAUAUCUAACAGGCUUAGCAGUAGAGGAUGGAGGAAUCAAAGAGGGAAAAGAGUGGGUUGGUGGGUUUAGGGACUCAAAGGAGGCAAUCAUGACAGCGAUUUAAUAGCUAAAUCUAAACUAAGCAAACCUGCCAAGGCCACCCACUUAAAAAAAUCUGCGAGCACAUCCAAAGCACCCGAGCAUGCUAGCUGGAACCACAAGGAAAGGACAGCAUGCGCCUAAUGGAAAUUUGAAGGUUGACUUUAUGUGGAGGGCAGAUCUGAGUGCUAUUUUACUUCUGAGCAGAUUUCAUUUGCCUGACAAAGUGAGUUUGGUGGUGGUCCCUUUGGAGCACUGAGGGACCCAAGCAUGCAGGAGAAAAAGCCCCUGCUCUUCUCUCGGAGAUGCUGACUGUGCCAUGCAAGUUCAAGGGCACAGCCACAUCUACCAAAAAGGAGAAAGAAAAAAAAGCUCACAUAAAAAUGAAUUGAAAAGAGUGGUGGAGGAGGGAAAGAUUGAAGAGGAAACUAAAAAGCACAGGUUGUCCAACUGGAAGAAACCUGCCAGCUGGGAGGCCGAGGAAAUCUGCUACCAUCUGGAUAUCCACACAGCAGUAGAAAAUGCACCCUCUUUUGUAUUUUGAAUUGGCUGUCAAGAAGCUCAAAGCUGCUUCUGAAUGCUUAUCUCAUCAGUACACAGGUAGAAUAACAUAAUAUUCUUAGGGCACACUGAGGUUUAAAAAAAAAAGUUUCAAAAGGGCCAGAGGCUGAAGGCUCCAGAGGAUGGGCAUCAGAGGAAUAUUGGUAUUCUGCCGGUGGUGGUUCAGGGACACACACAGGUUAGGAGGUUCUGAAUUCUGCAUUGGACUAUUAUAGGGGUGUGUGUGCAUCCCACAUAUAGCCUAUAUGUUAUUAUAUAUUAAUACAUAGUUACUUAUGAAUUGGCCUAUUUAUGAUAUAUGUACAUAUCCUCUAUAUUAUUAUAAUUCUAGGUUCAUAUACUGGCUUAUAUUUUGUACUUAUUCUUUCCUAAUACGGAUUUACAUCUUUUAUUUCUCUUUACAAAGUUUUGUUUUUUAAUUUCCAACUUUAGGUAAAACGUGUACAAAUUUAAAAUAAUUUGUGUCUUAUUUGGUAUGUUUACUGUGGACAGGCACUAUGCGUUUACUUCUGUAAGACCACAGCAAUAAAAAUAAUGCCUAUUUCUUGGCAGUGUGGGGAACCCAGCUCUUCUAAGGACUGGAUGAAAUCACUUCAAGUAACACACUUGGCUAAUGCCUGGCAGACAUUACAUUAAUAUUAUUAUUUUCCAUUAAUGCUUAAAGUAGCCUGUUGCAAUAAUACUAAUACUAUUUCCCUUUGGGAUGGCAGAAUGAAAAAUGCAAAGCUUCCAAGAGUGACGCGCUGGCCCCUUACCUCAUAGACGCAAGGAGAGUCCGGGCCAAGAUUAGGAGGCUUUCUUCCAAAACUUUAAUCCUCUUGGCGCCUCUUGUGCCGCGCGUCAGCAACCCAGGUCAAACGUGGAGGGUGUUUUAAUGCUGGUCCCCGGUCUCCCCAGAGCUACCCCAGUACCGACCUGCCUGACUCGGUCCCGGGUCAGUCAGACCGCGGAGAAGGCAGACGUGGGGUCGGCCUCGCAGUCUGGCUCCGCGUACCAGGGUUAGUUAGCGGAUAGAGGGAUCCUAGAGGGAUCGAGGGCCAGAGGCAAGUCAGCACCGCGAAGCCGGCCCAGGGUCGCGCAGGGCAGGCUCAGUCACAGCCUCCCCGGAGGCUUCCGGAACGCACACACGUUCCCUUGAGGAGCAAAAUGAAGUGGUUUAUUGGUUUCAUGGCUUUCAACCCAAAUUGAGAUCCAGCGGCUUUCAAGCCAGAUCUCGGCAGGCUCUGCAUGUUAAACCCAACAGUUACUUUAUUCCCCCCUCCCUUUUUUUUGUUAAACGAAGCCUAAGGGCAGUUCCUUCUUGUGCACCCGCCCUUCCCGGUUCCCGUCGCUGGUCUGCGCACCCGGUGUGCGCCCCGAGGGUCCACCAGCGCGCCGGGGCUUGCGGGCUCCCCCGGGGGAGUCUGCGUGCAGUGGGAUACGGAGUUUGUCACGAGCCUGCAGCGAUGGGUCCUCUCCGGAGUCACUGGAACUGGGAGUUACCGUCCCACCACCGAUCAGAUUUACUGCGCUGACCGCCGCCGCGCACUGCUGGGGACCCGUGGUUCCCUCAGCUAGAGGUAGUUUGCAGCUUGCUGCUGCUUAAGUGGGUACAGGGCGUGCAGACAGAAAGAUCCCAAAUACAGGACGUACAUCGCUUUAAAAAGUUUCUUAAAAUGCACUUACGUCUUUAUGAAAGUACAUGGACGCAAUUAUAUGUAUGCACUAAAAAAUACCUAAUUCUGCACUGAUUGCAAAAGAGCUCUUUCUGGCGGUGAUGGAACUAUUCUCUAUCUUGUUUGGAGACAGUGAUCAUAAAGAUGAAUUGAGUUUUCAAAACUCGUAGAAACUUUAUACUGAAGAUCUUUUGUAUCGUGUGUGAAUUUUACGCCAAAAACCCGGAACAUAAUUCUGCACGCAGAAGAGAAAUUACUAAGAGCCACUGCAAAUCGCACACAUGAAAGCUGAUUGAAUGCAGCUGUAAAUGUGUAUUUUAGCCACUAAGCGCAACUCUGUGGGGUUACUUAUUUACGCAAGCUCCGCGCAGCCAGGAAAGGGACUAAAAGCCUGAUGACAUCACUCGGGGCGGGGCCGAAAGUCCUAAGAAAAGUCGGCGGGAGGCAAGCAGCGCAGCUGUCAGGCACAGCCUCACCAUGAGCUGUUACAACACCUCGGAGAUCCAUGUCCUCUGUGGCUCCGGUCAGCUCUUCCUGCAGCCCCUCUGGGACUGCUUGAGGACGCGGGAGACUCUCAUCCAGUCGCCCUUCUUCCCGGUCAUCUUCUCCAUCACCACCUACAUGGGCUUCUGCCUGCCCUUCGUGGCGCUGGAUAUCCUGCGCCCCUGGGUGCCCGCGCUGCGUCGCUUCAAGAUCCACCCCGACUUCUCGCCCUCCGCUCAGCAGCUGCUGCCCUGCCUGGGGCAGACACUCUACCAGUACGUGGUGCUCGUGCUCCCCACGACUCUGCUGUAUUGGGCCAGCAGCCCGGCCCCCCUGCCCCCUGAAGCCCCCGAGUUCCUCCAGCUGGUGCGCCACGUCGUGUUCUGCCUGCUGCUCUUUGACGCUGAGUUCUUCGCAUGGCACGUCCUGCACCACAAAGUGCCCUGGCUGUACCGGACCUUCCACAAGAUGCACCACCAGAACUUGUCCUCGUUCGCGCUGGCCACGCAGUACAUGAGCGCCUGGGAGCUGUUCUCCUUGGGCUUCUUUGACCUGGUAAACGUCACGCUGCUCGGGUGCCACCCACUCACCGUCAUGAUCUUCCACGUGAUCAACAUCUGGCUGUCGGUGGAGGACCAUUCAGGCUACGACUUCCCCUGGUCCACCCACAGGCUGGUACCGUUCGGGUGGUUUGGGGGCGUGGCACACCACGACCUGCAUCACUCUCAUUUUAACUGCAACUUUGCCCCUUACUUCACACACUGGGACAAAAUACUGGGAACUCUGCGGUCUGCUCAAGGCAAGUAACCACGCACCGUCUGCCCGCCAGGCGUGUGGUUGCGGUGAGCAGCGAGUGCCCCUCUGACCCAAGACCGCUGCGCAUUCACACUUGAAUCAGGAGAAACACACCUGAGCUUUUUGUUAUUUUUUUGUAGGUAAUUUAUUACGUGGUGGGACUUUGUAGAUAAAAUCUGAUUAUUUUUGUAAUCUGAUAAAGUAAUUUAUAUCAUUUGUGUAUAUCAACAAUUAUACUCUUGGUGUUGAAUUCUAGCCCACUUCAAUAGCCUUGAUUCCUGGAUAUAAAUUAGACACUCAUCACUGGCAUAUUGAAAUCAUCUCUAAAAAGAUUUGUUUGUAGGACAAAGAAUUUCCUAUGUUCAAAAGUAUCCUAGAACCAAGCUAAAAGAACAUAUUUUUAUGGAGAAUCUGAACUCUGGCUAUACAAACAAGGAGACAUGUUCCUGCUGGACAGUGACCAAGAUUACUGUACUUUUUUCUGUUUUUUUUGUAACACUGUAUAUUUAUAUUGAAAGGAAUGUUAUUUGUGCUUAAAAAAAAACCGGUCAUAAACCAUAAACCAAA